UUUUCCUUCUUUUUGAUAGGCGAAAAGCGGUCAUAAUGAAUUUAAAAGCUUUCGAUUUGAAGUCUGUUUUGUCAAUAACCGCUUUGAAUCAGCUGGGAAUUCAAGGAGAGAUUUGCUGCGUGGAAGUCUCGGGAAGCGAUUUGUUUGUUGGAACUACUGCUGGGUUUAUUUUUGGUGGACUGUGUUCAGAAAGCCCAUCACCCACAACACCUUCCGAAGUCGAUGUUCGUGUGAAGCGUAAAUGUCACAAGCAGCUCAACACGAAAAAAGGAGUGACGGCGAUGGAAUCAUCAUCCGCCAUCAGCAAACUCCUAGCGGUUAGCGAUGGUUGUCUUUACAUGCUUUCGACUGUGGAUCUUGAGAUCUACUGCGAUGGUUCCCCUCUGCUGAAAAAUGUGCACGGGAUCUGUGUUAAUCAUUGCGCUUCGACGGAGAAUCCCUUUGAAAUCCAGGUUUGUUUAGCCCGGAAAAAGACACUGGACGUUUGCCUGAUAUCGGAUGAAGGUGUGAAGGUGUUGAGGGAAAUCGGAACUGGUCCUAGUCGUUCGUUACAUCGUCUGAGUAUGGCUGGUGACUUCGUUGUUGCGGCUUAUUCUACGGGUUACGUGUCGUACGACUGGCGAAAAGGUCACAGCGUCACGCUGAUAACUUAUAAUGACGCCGAACUUCCCCGUCCGUAUGUUUGUUGGGUUCAGAACGAUGAAUUCAUGAUCAGUGCUCCCGGAGGCCUUGGAGUUUUCGUCAAAGCAAUGGGCGUAUCAGAAAAACCGCCGAUCGUGUGGCUGAACGACGUCGUAGCAGCGGCAUAUAUAAAACCUUACGUUGUUGCCGCCGACGAAAAAUCGAUGGCUGUCUACGGAUCUUCUGACCAGCAGAGGAAACAAAUCGUCUCUGUUCAUGGUGCCAAGGGACUCAAAGUGUUUGAGGGUCGGCUGUUCCUGUGGUCCGAGUCUUCUGUGUAUAAUCUUCCUUCCAUUGGCUGGCGGGAUCAAGUUUUGAGUUUAUUAGAGGUUGCGAUGAUAGAAGACGGUCUGAAACUGGCGCAAGAAUAUGAAGACGCGUGCCAACCGGAAGAUUUGGAAUUUUUCCAUCGUUUCGCUGGUUUCGUGUGUGUAUCCAAAGGGGACCUGGAAACAGCCAAAUCUCAUUUUGGCAACUGCGAUCUAGAUCCCCGGGUUCUGCUCAGGCUUUUCGGGGAUCUCUCUGCGGGCUUUUUCGAAGAAAUCGCGAACGAUAUCCCAUGUUCGUAUGAAUCUUUAACUACGCUUUGUGGUAGCGACGAAGAGAGGAAGAAUCAGCUGCGAGACUUCACGAUGGAAUUUUCCUUACGAGCCUUGGAAACGGGUCGUUCUUCAUCACACGAAGUCGUGGUCGGAGUGUUUAAGCUCCUCACGGAGAAAGAGAAAACGGAGGAGCUGAUAAAUUUCGUAUCCCGUUGGCACAUAGAGCUGGAGAAAGACAGAAAUCUUUGCCUACAAUGGCUGGAUUCCCGAAAUCUUCCGGAAAUCCUGGCUCUCUUCCAGACAUGCCUGGGGGAUCACGCGUCAGCUUUGCCUUUGUGGAAGGAAUUGCUGAAGAGCGGAAUCCCCCACGUUCAUCAGGACGAUAUUCUUUCGCAGCUAGUCAAUAUUUUGAACAGGCUUUCAAAUGACAGCUGUGUGAUAUGGAAUUACGCCGCAUUGAUAUUUGAGAUAAACCCGGACAAAGGACUGGAGAUGCUUCUGACUUUUUCCGAAUCUUCCGAGAGCUUGACUUCGUGUGAUGACGUGGUAGACUUCCUUGAGAAAUUCCCGGAUCAGCGCAUUAGUUUCCUUGAAAAUAUUGUGAUGGCUAAAAAAUCUACGAAAGAGAAGUACCACACGCAGCUUACAAAAGCCUAUCUAGAGGCUGUGUUGAGGGAGCGAAAAGAAAAGUCGAAUGCAAAAGUAGCCGAGUUGCGGGAAAAAUUGCAAGAUUUUCUAAUCAGAUCCGACGAAUACAGAGUGCAUUUGAUGUUGAACCUGUUCCGAACCUCGGAUUUGUCGGAAGAACAAGCUAUUGUUCAUGGAAAGUUGGAAGACCACGUAGAAGCCCUUAAAAUAUUCGUGCAUCAGCUUCGUAAUCAUGAUGGUGCUAUCAAAUAUUGCUUGAGGAUGAGUGAACGCAAAUCGAAAGGAUAUAGACAAAAACUUUUCCUCCUCUUGCUGAAACUGCACCUUGAUCCGGCGAUAGAUGACACUUUACGAGCCGAACUGAAACCGAGAACGUUGCAGCUUCUCCGUGAGCACCGAGCCGAGUACCUGGACUCGGCAGCAGAGGUACUGGGACUACUUCCGAAAGACUGGCCGGUGUCAGCCGCCGCUUCCUUGUUCCUAUGGUCGUCUGUGCGUUACAACGUGCACCGGAAGCGAGUCCUACAGCUGCAAGCCAGUUUAUCGCGUGCUGUCUUGCUGCACAACCAGUAUGCCCGUUAUUUGUUGUGCAAAGAUCCUGUGUUGUUGAAAAGAGACAGGUUUUGUUGCAUCUGCCAGAAGCCGUUUGUGCAGGCUUCGUUUGCACGUUACCCGAACGGUGUCGAGACACAUGUGGAAUGUGCGAGAAAUCACAACGUUUGUCCGAUUUCCGGAAAGGUUUUCAGGGUUUCUUCACGAGCCGUGCAGUGAAUUUCGAGCUGGUUUAUUGUUUUUAUAAACGCGAGCAGUUGAUAACGGGUGCUUGACCGGUCUUUUUUCAUGGAAGUAUAAUUAUUUUCCGAGCAAGUUUAAUUUGCUUAGAUUUUUCUUUGCCUUUAUCGUUUUUUGUUCAACUCCUAGACUUCGAGCGAGUUAAAGUUUAGUGGAAACCCGAUCGUAAUAGACAAUGGAUAUUUAGUCGGAAGUAUUGUUCGGAGCUUGCGCGCUCAGCGGGAUUCAACAUUUUGAUAAUAGAGGAGGCGAAACCAUUGCCUUCGCUGUUUCGGAUGUCCAAAAAGUUAUUGUACCGUGAGAGAUGUGAUGGAUUUCCUUCUUGGUUCUUCUUAAAGACGAAUCGUUUCAACGUCGGUAGAUACUGUAUCACUGCCAGUCACGAUAAUGUUUUGAUCUCACACCGACUCUUCUCUUAAUUAGCAUCUCUAAACACUCAUGUUUGGAUAUUAUUUCUCAUUUACCAUCGAGUGUCACUUCGAUCUGCGUUUAAAUUGAAAUUAGGAUGCUUGUUUCUCCUGUAUAGUGGCUUUUUGGACAGCCUGUAUUAUCGGUGUCCGUGGUGCAAUUGUGCUGUUUUAAACCUGUGAAUGUUUUCGCGUGCCAUUUCACCGCGAAAGAAAAGUUAGCAUUCCGUGCCUUUUGCGCUCGGUGGGUGACGAAGGAUCUCAAAAAAGAAGAAAACAACGUGGAUUUGAUUCA